AUGAUCCCCAAACCUGGCAAACCUCCCGACUCUCCCGAAUCAUACAGGCCCAUUAGUCUUCUUCCACUAUUUUCUAAAAUUUUUGAACGAAUUAUCCUAAAACGCAUCCUUCCUAUCAUUGAAGCCAAUAUACCUAAUACCCAAUUUGGAUUUCGUCAUAACCACUCUACAAUACACCAAGUCCAUCGUCUUGUGGAUAAAAUAUCGUACACUCUUGAGAAAAAGCUUAUUUGCACAGCUGCCUUCCUCGACGUAUCACAGGCAUUCGACAGAGUUUGGCACGAAGGCCUACUCUUCAAACUCAAAUCUAUUCUUCCACCUACUAUUUCCUAUUAUUUAAAUCCUAUUUAG